AUGCAACAAAACACUUUUUAUCCUAUAGUUUUAACUAUUCUUGAUGGCUGGGGGUAUAGUGACAAAGUACAAGGAAAUGCAAUCAAGUUAGCAAAAACACCAAUUAUAGAUAAACUUUGGAAUACUUACAGCCAUACUUUACUUAACGCAUCAGGUAAAUAUGUUGGUUUACCUGAAAAUCAAAUGGGUAAUUCUGAAGUAGGACAUACAACAAUUGGCUCUGGUAGAGUCAUUAAUCAAGAUUUAGUACGUAUUAAUAAAUCAAUAAAGGAUAAAAGUUUUUUUCAUAAUUCAACAUUACAUAAAAUAUAUAAACAAACAAUUAUAAAUUGUUCUAAACUACAUCUAAUUGGCCUUUGCUCCAAUGGUGGCGUACAUUCGCAUAUAGAACAUUUAAUCGCUUUAAUCAAAAUAAGUAAACAAUAUAAAUUAAAUACAUGCAUACAUAUAACAACUGAUGGACGAGAUACACAACCAUACAUAUCUCAUCAAUUUAUACAAGAAAUCAUCGAUCAAAUUCAAGAUACUUCAUAUAUCAAUAUAUGCACUAUAAGUGGAAGAUACUAUAGUAUGGAUCGAGAUUGUAGAUGGUCUAGAACAGAAAAAGCUUACAAUGUACUUGUAGAUGAUAGCAUAGAACAAAUAAUUGAUCCAUUAGAAUUAAUAAAAAAUAAUCAUAGGAAUUCUAUUUCAGACGAAUUUAUAAUGCCACAAAGAAUUUAUAAAGGAAAAAUUUCUAAUGAAGAUAGUAUUAUUUUUUUUAACUUUAGACCGGAUAGAAUACGGCAACUUUUGCAUUGCUUCACCAAAGAUACAUUCAAAGGUUUUCCAACUAAGACAAUAAAUAACUUAAAUAUUAUAACUUUUACCAAAUACGAUACAAGUUUAUCUAUACCUAUAGUAUUUUCACCUCAACAUAAUACCAAUUUUCUUGGAGAAAUAUUAUCAAAUCAUGGGCUCAAACAAUUAAGGUUAGCAGAAACAGAAAAAUACGCACAUGUUACAUACUUUUUUAAUGGCGGAAUAGAAGAACCUUUUCCAGGUGAAGAUAGAGAAUUAAUAUCUAGUCCACAAGUUGAGACAUAUGAUUUAGCGCCCAAAAUGUCAGCUGACCAACUUACUGAAAGUGUAAUUCGUGCAAUACAAAAAAAUAUAUACCAAUUUAUCGUUAUCAACUAUGCAAAUCCUGACAUGGUAGGACAUACUGGAAAUCUACAAGCAACUAUUGAAGCUAUUGCAAAGGUUGAUGAAUGCUUGGAUAAAUUAUAUCGAGAAGUUCAGCUAGUUGAUGGAACGUUAAUAAUUACAGCAGAUCAUGGAAAUGCAGAAUACAUGAUAGAUUAUGAUAACAAACCAUGUACAUCACAUAGUAUUAAUCGUGUACCUUUUAUCAUAGCAAAUAGUCAGUUUUAUAAUAAACAAAAUAUUCAACUUAUAGAACAAGGGUGCCUUGCAGAUAUUGCUCCUACUAUACUUAAUCUUUUGCAUAUUAAUAUACCACAAGAAAUGAAUGGAACAUCAUUGAUAAACAAACUUAAUAAACUAUAA